CCACUCUACUGCCCUCUCCAGCCACUCUACGACCUGCUGUAUCCCCCACACCGCUUGCACGAAAUAGACACCAGAAAGCUCCAAAUACUCACGCCAUGCAUGCAACCAUAAUAGCGCGAAACGCGACGCGUUCCAUGCGCAUCAUCGCGCUCCCGCUCGCAACACCGAGCAAACCCGUCCACGGCAGGCCCACAGAGCACCUCACCUACUACCACUUCGUCACGCCCCCAGACACCACGCACACGAUAACGUGGACGAAGCGCAUCGUCGCGAAGGCCUCGGACAUCUGGGCCGGGUUCGGGAAGGCGCCGGAGGGCAACUGGAAGCGGAGAUCCUUCUUGUAUGGGGAACGGCUGAUCGACCGUCUUGAGUUCGAAGAGCUCGCGCUCAAGUCGCUCGACCCCUCCCUCGGUCCCCGGCUCGCGAACAUCGUCCACCCGAGCGGGACAGAAAAAGUAGCGAACACCGUGGUCCCACUCACCUACCCGCCCUCGGUGUGCACGUCACCGCUCCCCCACCUCCGCACGGUUGUCGAGAAACGCACCCCGCGCCAUAGGAAGGGCGCCAUCUUCUGGCUCGCCAUCUCCCCGCUGACCGCGCCCUUUGCGAUUAUCCCUAUCAUACCGAACUUCCCGUUCUUCUUCUGCAUCUGGCGCGCGUGGUCGCACUACCGUGCAUACAAGGCCUCGCACUACCUCGAAGGCUUCCUCAAACAGGGCGCUAUCGUCCCACAAACAAGCCCCGAGCUCGACGCGAUCUACGCAAAGUACGCGCCCAAGCCGCUCGCUGCGCCCAAGCCCGAACCCGGCACGGAGACGGAAACGCAUCCUCCUCCGUCGGAGCACGCAUCGCAGCCCGACGCGGCUGACGCCGCCGCAGAAGACGCGCCGCGGUUGCUGCUCGAGAAAGAGGCCGUGCCGGAGCUGGAGAAGCUGCUCGACCUCCCCGAGGACUCGACGUUCGCGGCGGACGUGUACCGCGCGCUGGAGCAGGCGCGGCUGAGGUUAGAGGGCGGGCAGAAGAAGGCUUAGAGCCUGUUUAGAGAGGCCGGCUCGCCUACGUGGUAGUGGUCCUACAACAGUAUAUCUGUAUAAUCCGAUCC